AUGGCGUCGUCCAACAAGUUCUGCACCGCCGCGCUCCUCCUCCUGCUGGCCGCCGUCAUUGCCACGACGGCCGACGCGGCGAAGAACAUCGCGUCAUCGGAGCCUCUCCCUAAGAAGAUUUGGCCGGCGAGGCAGGACGCGUCGGCGACUUGCGUGGGAUCGCUUCUGGCACUGAGCCCGUGCCUGGCCUUCUUCGAGGACGCUGGUAUGUCGGGGGCGCCGCAGGGGUGCUGCGAGGGUAUGGCCGGCAUCAUCCAGGACCAGGCGGCGUGCCUCUGCCACAUCAUCAACCACACCCUCGAGCGUGCCAUCGGCGUCGACAUCCCCAACGACCGCGCAUUCUCCCUCAUCGGCGAUCUCUGCGGCCUCUCCCCGCCACAGGACAUCAUGGAGACCUGCGCCAACGGCCGUGAGGUGCCGCCGCUGUACGUUUGCCCGGCGCCAUCCGCCUGA